CGUAGAGGAAGUGACGCGAGGGGGACCCGGGAGCAGCGGCGAGAGAGCGACAGCGGGGCCGCCGGAGGAGCCGCGGGGUCUCCCAGCCGAGACCCUCGAGCCGACGCAGCCGCGCGGGCGGUCGGACCCCCGAGGUCGCCGGGCCGGAGGCAUGGCCACCACAUUGGAUUUGAAAUCCAAGGAAGAGAAGGAUGCAGAGUUGGACAAACGGAUCGAGGCCCUUCGGAAGAAGAAUGCAGCCUUGAUCCGGCGUUACCAGGAGAUUGAGGAGGACCGGAAGAAGGCUGAAUCAGAGGGGGUGGCUGUGACAGGGCCCCGGAAGGGGCGCCCUGCCGAGAAGGAGAAUGUUGCUGUGGACAUGGAGAAGAGUAUGGGCUCAGGCCGCCGGCCACCUGCCCCUGCCCGAACCCAGGGCAGCACAGGGAAGGGGGGCCGCAAUGCCCCACAGCGAGGAGGCCGGGCUGGUCUGGGUAGGGGGUCCAGGUUCUGGGAAGAAGAAGUGGUGAUUUAUGUGGAACCACCACCAGCACGAAGCGGAGGAGGUCGGGGCCGUCGAGGCCGGGGCAGAGGAGGGGCAGCUUACCCUUCUGGGACCAGCAUGGCAGCAGGGGAUGCCCCAGCCCCAGACAGGAGAUCCAAGGAGUGGGAAGAGCGACGUCGCCAGAACAUUGAGAAGAUGAAUGAAGAGAUGGAGAAGAUAGCCGAGUAUGAAAGAAAUCAGCGGGAUGGACUGCCUGAGAAGAACCCUGUCCGGAAUUUCCUGGAUGAUCCUCGUCGCAGCGGACCUCUACAGGAAUCAGAGCGGGACCGUCGAGAAGGAAGCAGGCGCCAUGGGCGGAAUUGGGGUGGUGCUGACUUUGAACGAGUUCGCAGUGGCCUGGAGCAGGAGCGUUAUGGUCGUCGGGCAGGACCUGGUGGGGACAUGACACUGUCCAUGACGGGCCGGGAGCGGGCUGAAUACUUGCGAUGGAAGCAGGAGCGUGAACGCAUUGACCAAGAGAGGUUGCAGCGGCAUCGGAAACCCACGGGCCAGUGGCGCAGGGAGUGGGAUGCUGAGAAGACAGAGGGCAUGUUCAAGGAUGGCCCUAGCUCAGCCUCAGAGACACCAACACAUCAUGAUGAGGGCAGUAGCCGACCCCCCAAGCCCCCAACCUUUGGUGACUUCUUGUCCCAACACAAGACAGUGUCCGGCAACCGUAGGAGAAGAAAGACAAGCCGUCCCCGGGUCAAGGGACCACCUCGGGGCUAUAGCCACCAUGAUGACCGAUGGGAGCCCAAGGAAGAGGAAUUGCCUGCUGCCCCCCAGGAGAAGCCUCCAGUCUCAGAGCCACAGACUCAGACCCCUAGUGCAGCCCCAGAGCCCCCAGCUCCAGAUGAAGCCCCAACUACUGCUGAUACUGCCGAUGAAGAUGAGGACCAGUGGGAGGAUGUGAGUGGUGAGGAUGAGGAAGAGGAUGAUGAGGAAGAAGAUGGGGACUCUGGGGAGGAAGAAGAAGAGGAAGAGGAAGAAGAGGAGGAGGAAGAGGAUCAGCAGCAAGCAGGUGCUGGUGGCUCAGGGCAGGCCCCAGGACCUAAGCAGGGGAGUCCUGCCCCAGAGGUCCCAGCCCCGGCAUCCCCGGCCAGCCCCUUCUCACCCUCUGGCGGAGGCCACCAGCCAGUGUCUGACUGGGGAGAGGAGAUGGAGCAGAACUCCCCCCGAGCUGCCCUCCCUGAUCCGGGCUCCAGCCCUGGUUCCACACCCCCAAGGGAGGGGAAGUGACUGGCCAGCAGGGUGCAUGACCUCAGCCAAGAGAUCCAGCUCCAAUUCACGUUGACCCAUUCCCCGAUGUAGAGUUGGAGGCUAGAAGGUUUCUCUUAGGGCUAAUUAGGUCCUUGUACAAGAUGGGUGUGGGUGGGAGGGAUCACUUCUCCAGAUCAUUCCGUCCUGUUCCCUCUCCACAGUCCCCAUGGUCAAGUUCUGGAUCACUCAGCCCAGUUGCUGCGGGGGAGAUUGAGGGAGAGUGGGGGAGGGGAAGGGGUUGGUGCCCUUAGGGAGUGGGGGUGGUGGAUUCAUCCCUUCCUGGUGCAGGUCACUUUCCCUAAUGCUUGGAUCCCCUGCCCGUGUGGUAUGGAAGGUUAGGCUCCCAUCCCUUUCCUUCUUCCUGUGUCCCCCUCCCCAAACCUUAAUAAAGGAGCCGAUUGUAAAUAAA